GCACACUUUCGCCUUUCCUAACCCGCCGACUGCCUUUCUUUCCUUUUAUUUUAAUUCUUGAAUUGAAGAUGUCCGACUCUGAUUCUCCCCGACCAACUGGCAGUCGCACUUCUUCGGUUGCGAAACCCCCUGCAGCGCAGAUUCGGCGGCGUGCCGCAGGCGCCUCUCAGGCAGCAAGGCCAAACUCGACACGGGCCGCAGGAGCUGGCGGUUCAUCGAAUACGAUGUUGAAACUCUACACGGACGAUUCACCAGGUCUUCGAAUUGACCCCUUCAUCGUCCUCGUCCUGUCGCUAUCCUUCAUUGGCUCCAUCUUCUUCCUCCACAUCUCCGCCAAGGUCAUCCGCGCCUUCUCCAAGUAAUUGGCCCGGCCACGCACUUUCGACCUUCUCUUUUACGAUUAUACCACUUCACCCACAUGUACUAUGACGGCCGCUACCCGGGGGAAUACUGAUAGUCCAUGGUGGUGACUGUACACGCGACACCUUGCAGGGUGUAGAGGCUUGAGGGCAGACGCGAACCUGCCAUCCCAUGUUGUACCAAAAGUAUUGUCGUGAGGGCUCCUUAUAUUAUUAUUCAUAUGCUGCCUUUCUUCAA